AUGUCGUUCUUGACAAAGUGGUUCAGAAAGACCGAACCAGAAGACUACGAAACCAUCCUCGCCUCCCUCUCCAUCGACAUCCAAAACCGUCAAACCCGCCUCUCCGAAAUCCGUCUCCGCGAACGGCGCGCUUCCCUCCUCGUCACGCUCUACACCCUCGGCACAUGGGCCGCGUACGUCAGCUUUUGGUAUAUGGGUCUCGUACCCUCCCUUGGGGUGUUGGGGACGGGGAUGAAGGGGGAGAGAGGGGAGAGGGUGGAGAGGGUGGUGGGGGCGUUGCCGGUGUUUGUGGGGCCUGUUUUGAUUUUGUUUACGAGACGGAUCAUACAGAUGUAUUUUACGAGGAAGGGAGAUGCUGAAGAAAAGACCCUGAAAGCACUCUACAAAGAACAACGCACCAAAAUCGAAGACAUCAAGAAGAAGACGAACUACUACAACACGCGGUCGCUCAUCGAGCGGUAUGACGAGGCUCCUUCCGCGCCUGGGGUUCGUCAAAGGAAUGUCAGUGGGGCACCACCAGGAGCACCGGGCAUGGGCGCAGGAGUAGGGGGAGGAGUGGGACAGAGCCCGCAAAGAGGAGGAUUAGGGCCGCAGAUGCCGUCGACGCCGCCACGGCUGGGACAAGGACAAGGACAAGGACAGGGGCAGGGGCAGAAUGAUUUGUUGAGGACGCCGAUGCCUUUGAGUCCGGGGUUGCAGACUCAUUUGAUGCCCAAACCCCAACAACCAAUCCCCCACCCCCGCAAACAAUGGUACGACAAACUCGCAGACGCGCUCCUCGGGGACGACGAAGCCGCACCCGGCCCCGCCGCGUCUCGAUACGCGCUCAUAUGCCAGAAGUGUUUUGCGCAUAAUGGGUUGGUGAAGGAGAGUAUGUGGGAGGAUGCGCAAUACGUCUGCCCUAAAUGUGGCCAGUUCAACCCCUCCGCUCGCUCCCUCAAACAAGGUGGCCCAGGUCCAUCAUCUACAACCUCCUCCCCACAGUCGAAGACCGCGUCGCCUCAGUCUGGUCGGCAAGGUCAGGCGCAGCUCGGAGUCCACCACCUGAAUCCUGCAUCUGGUCCUGCGGGAGGCGAGGUGACAGGGGCAGCGAGCCCGUCGCAGAGGAAUGCUUCGGCGGAGAGGCAAGAGGGCAGUGGUGAGGAGGGUGAGGGUGAGGGUGAGGGCAGCAGUAUGACGAUGGACGUUGAUAGCUCGUAGGAGGUGUCGUGCGUGAGGACGAUUCGAGCGGGACGGUCGAUGUUUUACUUCUUGGAUAUAUACACAUCUUGGGCUCGAUGAGUUAUGGGCACGAUAUCUGCCUGGAGGGGCAGUCAGUUGACUGUAUCACGGGCUCCACGGAUAGCGGGAACAAUAGUUGGGUGGGCAGGUUGGAUAGACGUGUGAUGGAGGUCAUGCAUGGACGUGGACUCAUAUUUGGUAGCUCGCUCGUUCGUUCGUCUGUUAUCGUAUGCUUCGGUUCAUCGCCAUAUUAUUUCCUGCUGAAUAUUGUAUUCUUUUUCGCAGCUCCUCCUGCAUUCGCCCGUCCGCUGCGCCCUCCCUUGCCUCCUCCUGUCUCUCCGACCGUUUCCCCCUCGAUUGUGGUUCAACUUUUGCUCGUGAUCAUGGGCCCCAAGUACGGACA